GGGGCCGGCAGUGGGCGGGGGUGCGCUGGCUUUGGAGUCAGACACUCCUUCUGGCCACUGGCAUUAUGUUGGCUGCUGCGGAUCGGGCCCCAAGGCUGGCGAGGAUGUGACAGGGGGUCCUUCCCCUUACCUGCGGUGCUGGGGCCCGUAGGUCGCUGGGCGAACCGCAGGUGGGCCGCGGACGUGUGGGAAGAACGCGACCGCACGAUUCUGUUGAAUUUUAAGAACAAAUGUACAUUAUAGCUCAUGGAAGAAAAAACACAAAUCAAGAGUUUUUUGGGUUCCAAGUUGCCAAAGUAUGGAACAAAAUCUGUAAGAAGUACACUGCAGCCAAUGUCAAGUGGGACAGCCGUUAAUUUAUUAGGAACUUCCAAGAGUAGCAAUGUGAAAAGUUACAUCAAAAAUAAUGGCUCUGAUUGUCCAUCAUCUCAUCCAUUGAAUUGGAGACCGGCAACUAAAUACCAACUUAGUGCACAAAGUAACGAAGAGUCUAAUGAUACUCAAAGUUCACAUGAUAAAGUAAUUAAUCCUGAAAAACAUACACCUGCUCAAGGAAUGUUUGCUAAAAAUGGGAUAAAGGGAGGUUUGAAAAGUGUUUCUUUAUUCACAUCAAAGUUAGCAAAGCCAUCCACUAUGUUCGUAUCAUCUACAGAAGAGUUCAAACAAAAGUCUUUGUCUGGGCCAUCUAAUUUGGGUAAAUUCACCAAAGGCACAUUAUUAGGAAGGACUUCAUAUUCUUCAAUCAGUGCUCCAAAAUCACAGCUGAAUGGAUUUUUUGGAAAUCGAUUGGCUGGUAGCAUACAAAGGCCCAGAGCAAACUCCUGUGCUACCAGAAGCAGUUCUGGAGAAAGUUUAGCACAAUCUCUAGACAAUGUUAAAUCUCUUACUUGUGAAAAAAUGGUAAGGUCACAGAGUUUUUCACAUUCCAUUCAGAAUUCAUUCCUUCCACCUUCAUCUAUAACCAGAUCACAUUCCUUCAAUAGAGCUGCAGAUCUUAGUAAGCCUUAUCAGAACCAACAGCUGCCCAUUAGAGUGCCUCUGAGGUCAACUAUGCUAACAAGAAACUCCCAGCAGUCAGAAGUACUCAAUGGGAAUGAACUAGGGUAUGGAUUUAAUAGGCCUUAUGCUGCUAGUGGAAAGAAGUUGGCUAUACCAAAUGGCCCAGGUAUAACUUCCAGUUUGGGUUAUAGGAUGGCUCAUGCCCCUCUGCUGAAAUCUAGUCGAUCUCCAUUUUCUGGGACUAUCACAGUUGAUGGUAAUAAAAAUUCACCUGCUGGCACAUAUGUAGAGGAAGAUACUGCACUUUUGGCUAAGGACAGAGCUACUGACAAGGACCAAAAGCUAAUUGAAAAUGAUAAUUAUAGAACAGAAAAUGGCCAGACCAUGAAGCAUGAUGCUAAAAUUAGAUACUUGAGUGAUGAUGUGGAUGAUAUUUCCUUGUCUUCUUUGUCAUCUUCUGAUAAGAAUGAUUUAAGUGAAGACUUCAGUGAUGAUUUUAUAGAUAUAGAAGAUUCCAACAGAACGCGAAUAACUCCAGAGGAAAUUUCUCUCAAAGAAGAAAAGCAUGAAAAUGUACCAUCAAAGGAUAUAUUUGAUUCCCCCAAGGAAAAUGAAAAAUCCUUCAGUAAAACUGAUGACUGGAUAGAUAUAAGUGUUUCCGACAGGAGUGAAUGUACGAAACAUAAUUCUGGGAAUAACUUGAUUUCACCAGAUGCAGACUACAGAGUUGGUUCUUCAUUUGAACUCUCUCCAUCUGAUAGCUCUGAUGGAACAUACAUGUGGGAUGAAGAGGGCUUGGAGCCCAUCGGAAAUGUCCACCCAGUCGGGAGCUAUGAGUCCUCUGAAAUGAACAGCAUAGAUAUUCUGAAUAAUCUUGAAUCAUGUGACCUUGAGGAAGAUGACCUUAUGCUGGAUGUGGAUCUGCCUGAGGAUGCACCUCUUGAAAAUGUGGAGCGUGACAAUAUGAAUCGCUUUGAUCGAUCAGACAGAAGUGUCCGGCAGUCUCAGGAAGGAUUUUGGAAAAGGCCGCCCCAAAGGUGGAGUGGACAGGAACAUUACCACCUCAGCCAUCCUGACCGCUAUCAUCACCAUGGAAAAAGUGACUUAAGCAGAGGCUCUCCCUACAGAGAAUCUCCUUUGGGUCAUUUUGAAAGCUAUGGAGGGACCCCCUUUUUCCAGGCUCAGAAGAUGUUUGUAGAUGUACCUGAAAAUACAGUGAUACUGGAUGAGAUGACCCUCCGGCACAUGGUCCAGGAUUGUACUGCUGUAAAAACUCAGUUGCUCAAACUGAAACGUCUGCUGCAUCAGCAUGAUGGAAGUGGUUCAUUGCAGGAUGUCCAGCUAUCACUGCCAUCCAGUCCAGAACCAGAAGAUGGUGAUCAGAUAUGUAAGAGUGAAGACUUAUUAAAUGAAAUAAAACAACUUAAAGAGGAAAUAAAGAAAAAAGAUGAAAAGAUCCAACUAUUAGAACAUCAGCUUGCAACUCGAUGUAACUGUCACCAAAAAUCUAAAGAGGAAAAAUGCACAUAUGUCGAUAAAUAUACCCAGACACCCUGGAGAAGAAUUCCUCCUCAAGUACUACAGCCUUCCAGCAGCCUUCCCAGACCCACAGACCACACCCAGGGAAAACUAAUAAAAUCGCAACAUAUCGAGGACCACAGUGAAUGCACAGCCCAGGGCAUACAUCAGAGUAUUGCGCAUCUGGAUGAAAGCUUUACGUAUAACUUGCAACAAGAAAGCAACUGUGGUGUGGAAGACCGGCCUUUUUCCUCAAGCCUGCAAUUCACUAAGGAUGCGGCUAAGAGUAUAUCUUCAGAAGCAAACUUGAACACGACCAUGGAUGCUCAAGAGCCUUACCAUUUGGCAAAUGAUCAAAUUAAUGACUUGCAGACUGUACCCACUUCUCCUCAAACACUUAGCCAGUCAAGUGCAGUAGACCAGGCUAAGAGAGUUGGAAGAGAUCAGUUUUCAUUGGAGGACUACACAUGUCAGCCCAAAUCCUCGCAGCUUUUUAAGCCAUCCAUCUUAAAUUCUUUGGUACCUCCUUCAGUUGCUGAAUCAUCUUCAAGUAGGACUCCCACUUACAAGAAUUCACCAAUAAUCGCACCAUGUAAUUCAGCAAAACUUAAGCUAACAUCUAGUCAAACAAAUCUUGCAAAUAAUCUAAGUGUAAAAGCAUCUAAGCUCCGCCCUCCUUCUAGCUCUUUCAAACAAAAACAAAUAAGCAGCCCCCGACCAGAGGCUCAAAACUUUCAGGCCAAGACAAGCAUCCCGAGGCCACUAACAAAAAGAAAAGAGAUCAUGCAGAAUCCGAAUGGCAAUUUGAAUUCUGGGGAUUGUUUGGCCUCUAAUCGGUAUUCUCGUCUUCCUAAACCAAAGAUACAUUAAGUACCUAGCCAUCAGUUGCCAGUUUGUUGUUUUAAAAAACAAUCUGUUCUGUAAUAGCUUUACAUGCAGUUUGCUGCCAUGAUGGAGCUUGCAAAAUCUCAAAAAUUAAAACGUGGAUCCUUCUAGUUUGGGCUUUUCCAUUUUAUAUUCUGGUUGAAGCACCUAGCAUUUGAGUAUUAUUUGUCUCAGGUAAACACAAAGUUUGCUUACCCAUCUCAGAAGCCUACAGACAGUUCUAAUCAUGUUGUCCAUACCUUUGCACAUCAGAAAAUCCAUAAUAUUUCACCUAGCAGGCAAGAAAUGUGCUUUGCUUAUUUAGUCCUUUUAAGGUCUGCAUUAAUUGUGGUUCUCAAAUCCUUUUUUUCACUUGUCCCUCUUCUGAAUAUAGUAGUAUUUUAAAUAAAGAUUUGGUGAUAAUAGAAGAUGGUAGUCUGUAAGCAAAGUUCUGGCCAGUGGUUUGUAUAUUUAAAAGGUCUAUGCAAAAGCUCUGUGAUAAGUAAAGGAGAUCAGGCCUUUAAUGGGAAGUCUGUGUAAGUUUUAUUUUCCCUCGGAUCAGCAAACUACUCUCAGUGUUUAUUUACCAAAUACCCCAGGCUAAAAUGUUUCAUAUUAUAUAUAAACCAUUUAUAUAUUACUUAAACAUUUUGUUGUAUACACACAUCAUUGUGUUUGUUUUGGGUACUGGAUAAAUUUUGGAAAGCUUGAGAUAUAUCUUGAAACCUGCACAUAAAGGUAUAUUCAUUUACAACGUGUUGGUGCUAGAGUUUUGCUGGUAAUUCAGUUUUAAGCCCUAUACACUUAUGGAUCCAUGAUAGGUGUUCUAGAGUUCCAUCGCAUAUAUAUUGUCCUUAUUGUAAUGUGUAUAUUUAUUUACUUUUCACUAUCUGAAGACUGAAAUAAUGGACUUGAAAUGUUUGCACAAAACUUUGAGGGACUAUAAAUAUCCCAUAAAUAGGGAUUUAAGAUUCUUUUCUUCAGCAAAACAAGUUAAAAUAUUCUGACAGUAAUUAUAAAGAAGUAAGACUGUCUUGAGAAAGAUAGGAUUCACAGUACUUUGGUUUUGCUAAGUUUUCCAGACUUCCCUUUUAUGUUGGUAUAUGUUUGAAUGACAGUUUUCUUGAAAAGUAGACUUUAGAAACAAAAUAGAAUUAUAGAGGGAAAUUAUGUUUCAUUAAAAGAUAUUUCAAUGGCAAUAUGCUUAUGUAAUAUGCUAGGAAGGUAGCGGUGGAACCCCCAAGGGACCAGAUAAACUAAUCUAAUCACACUGUGGGCCGUGCUUCAGAUGGCUCGGUAAAUUUGCCCUCUUGUUCUCUCAAAUCAUGUCCUCUUUAGGUCAUUUGCCUGUUUCUUUCUCCUUUAAUUAGAAUUAUAGUCUUUCAAAGAGAUAUGUUUUUACAGUGUAAAUUUUUGUUGUGAUCAGCUGACCUUAAAAAUGUAUCA